AUGUUAUUGGAAAAUAGGAGCACCACUCGUGCAUGGAAAACCAGAUAUGCACAGUAUCAAGGCAACAGGGAGCGCAAACCAGAGGCGCCCGCAAUGGAGAGGCUAGUAAACUGGGAAGGCCCGGAAAGUGAGGUGCAAGGGCCUCGUCCCAGAGGCAUAAGUAGCCCUAGUACUCCAAACCACAGGAUCUCGAAACGUGAACGGGAUAACCGAGAACCAGCUCAAGGCAAAAAAUGUUACCAGUGUUCAAGGUUUGGACAUAUUGCGCGGGAAUGCCCAUCACGAGCAGUAAGGGUGAACCGUGCGUCGCAGAUGAAAACUCAAAGUGAAGAUGGGGAGACAAAAAUGUCGUCCAUGAUACAAAGAGGUCGUAGCCUGGGGAUGACAACCCAAGGGAGAGGCGCUGGAAAAACCGACCUCAUUGGAAGUCAGAUAGUGAUCCCUUUGAAAUUUUUGGGAGAACAAUGUAAUGCUUUAGUAGAUACGGGAUCAAUGAUCAGUAUAAUCCCCAUAGAGAUUGUAGCUCGAGCGCAGGAUCGGGGGUUCGAUGUGGACUCCUUAUCGGUUGUGCCGAAGUCAAAACUGAAACCGGUGUUUGACGCCUCGAAUAAUGAAAUGGAUUUCAUGGGUGCCGUAUACAUCCAGGUAGAAACAGAAGGCGGGCGAUCCGAGUUGAUAGCGUUCCAUAUAAGUCCCGCAAAAGAAGCAGAAGUAAUUAUAGGAACCAACGCGUUAAAUAAGCUAGGCGUAGAAGUGUCCAUAGACACAAAAAGCAGGGUGAAUACCAAAGUAGACGAGGAAAGUAAGAAAACAGAGUCAUAG